AUGCCAUGCUUGAUGAAAAUAUGAUUAGCAAAAGAGGUGCAAAUUACAGCAAGGGCUGGGUCAACCGUUUUUCACCUGCUCACGCUCCUCCCCCUGUCCUCUCAUGGGGAGUGUUACUGAGCAGCCAAACCCCACAGUAGUGGGAGGACCGCACACACACAGAGUCAUAAUAACAGCAACAACCGGCUGACACCCAGAGCAGUUUCACUCUCUCACAGAAAGACAGAUGCUCGGCAAGGAUUUCUGCUCACGGAGGAGCCUUUUAGACAGAGGUCAUGUGGAUGUUAGCGUGUUUGUGGCUGUGUAAUCCCAUUUCCUAUUUAAGGAGUGGAAACAGCUUGAGCUGAAAGGAGGUCUGUAGCUGCUUUUCAGAUGCUGGACUAUUAUGGUCCAGCUUGAGAGCACCAAGUGCAGUUUUCUCUUCUGCCUUGGAGUCUGCAUCCUAAUAUGUUCUGCCAUCUACCUGAAAGCCAAAAUACCCAACACCCCCAUUCCAUCAACUGACUUGAGCAGUCAAACCACACCAGCCCCCCAAAGCUGUGACAUUCUUCCACCUGCAACUCCAGGGUUUACAUGGCAGCGAAAAGACUGUAAGAAAAUCAGCUAUGAGACCAAACCGGACGCAAACUGCUCUCUUUUGCAGUCAGAUCUGCACUUUAUUACGGCGCCGCUGAGCAAAGAAGAAGACGACUUUCCUUUGGCUUUCAUAAUCACCAUCCACAAAGAGCUGGAAACGUUUGUGCGGCUACUGAGAGCCACUUAUGCGCCACAGAAUGUGUACUGCAUUCACAUAGACGCUAAAGCACCGGAAGAAUACAAGACGAGCGUCCGAAACUUAGCUGGGUGCUUCCCGAACAUCUUUGUGGCGUCCGUUAACGAAAAAGUGACUUACGCAGGCUUUUCCCGUCUGCAGGCUGACAUCAACUGCAUGAAGGACCUAGUGAAGUCUCCUACAAAAUGGAAAAGAGUUAUAAAUCUGUGCGGCCAGGACUUCCCAAUCCAGACCAACCUGGAGCUGGUCCGGUACAUGCAAGGAUCCAAAUGGAAAGACAGGAACAUGACGCCGGGAAUCAGGCAGCCACCCACUAUGAAGCACAGGACUGAGUUUCAGUACAAGGAGGUAAAGGGCACCCAUGUGGCACCAAAAGGCAAGGGUCAAAAGAAGGGACCACCUCCUCACAACCUGACAAUGUACUUCGGAACUGCCUAUUAUUCCUUGACGAAACCGUUUGUGGAGUUCGUCCUCAACGACAAGGUGGCCAAAGACUUGCUGGAGUGGUCUAGAGACACCUUCAGCCCAGAUGAGCAUUACUGGGUGACUCUAAAUCACAUGAAGGCACCUGGCAGUUAUGUAGAAGGCGAAUGGGAAGGUAACGUGCGUGCAAUCAAAUGGAAGGACCAAGAAGGAACAGUACACCAGGGCUGUAAAGGUACGAGAAUGUCAAGCGAACACUUUUUACUCUGACAUAGGAUACGGUUUUAUCCAAAGCAAUCUGUCACAGAAUCAACAAUAUUUCUAGUAUACAAUGCCACAUUUAUCCAUGGUUUCUGCA